ACUGAAAAAACAAAGUAACCCCCGCGGACCAAAUUUAUAUAUUGCGGCAUAAUAAUUCAAAGGAAACCCGCCGUGAAAUUGGUGGGAAAAAGAAGUAGGAGAAGAGGAUUGACAGAGAGAUAUGCCGGUUGCAAGACCUGAGUUAUCUGAUGCUAGAGUUAUUGCUCAUGUCGACAUGGAUUGCUUCUACGUUCAAGUGGAGCAGCGAAAGCAACAUAGUCUAAGAGGUAAACCCACUGCUGUUGUACAGUACAUUCUUGGCAAGGCGGGGGGCUGAUCGCUGUCAGUUAUGAGGCUCGUAAGUUUGGGGUGAAGCGCUCAAUGCGAGGUAAUGAAGCAAAGCAAGUUUGUCCGGAGAUUCAUCUUGUUCAAGUCCCAGUUGCCCGUGGUAAAGCUGAUCUUAAUGAUUACAGGAAUGCAGGCUCAGAGGUUGUCACCAUACUUGCUAGAAGAGGCCGAUGUGAGCGAGCUUCAAUUGAUGAAGUGUAUUUGGAUCUCACUAUAGCUGCUGAAGCAAUGUUGGCAGAUAAUCCUCCAGAGCGCCUGGAAACAAUCAGGGAAGAAGCAGUGAAAUCACAUAUUUUGGGUCUUGAGGAAAGGUUGGUAAUGAUGCCAGAGAGAAGGUCAGACAUUGGCUCAACGAAAUUCUAA